AUGGUUUCAAAUUGUUUAUCUGCUCUUUUUCAAGAUCACGGUAGGAUGUGGUGGUCACGGAGAAUGAUCCGGACGCCGAAUAUUUAUGGCCAACUCGAUCGUCUGCUUCUCGGACAAGAGCGAGAUCUGACCUCGAUCCUCCGCAUUCGAACUGUCCAUGCCUCCAAGUGCCUGACCGAGAGGUUGAGGCCCGAUGUGGUGCCACUGAGGCCACAAAAACCGACCAAAAUGUGGGACGACCUCCGUCGGAAGCGAUCGAACGUCUUCGUUGAUUGGCGGCAAGUCGUGGUGACUGCCGGUAAUGGCGGAAAUGGAUCUUUGAGUCUGGCUAGCCUCUUCGCUAACGAGUUUGCCGGUCCCGACGGUGGUGAUGGCGGCAAUGGAGCCCAUGUCAUCUUUCGAGCUACACCGGGUUUUUCGUCCUUGGGCCAUUUACGAGGCAAAAUCGUCGGUCAAAAUGGAGGGAAUGGCGGAACUGAAAACUGCGCCGGGAAAAACGCGGAACCGCUCAUUGUUCCUGUUCCAGUGGGCACGAUAUUUCGUAACAUGGAACGAGAGAUCAUUUGCGAACUAGUACACGAGGGAUCCUCGUUUAUUGCAGCUAGGGGUGGAGCAGGAGGCAAGGGCAACACGUUUUUCAAGAGCUCCGUUCGUCAAACGCCCAAAGUGUGCGAAAUGGGCGGAGUGGGCGAAAAGUUUGCUUUUGAUGUUGAACUGCGCACGAUGGCUCACGUGGGUUUGAUUGGGUUCCCCAAUGCGGGUAAAUCGACCUUUCUACGGGCUAUUUCUCGUGCUCGGCCCAAAGUCGCCGCUUAUCCUUUCACUACCAUGAAUCCGUACGUGGGAAUGGUGAAGUAUGACGACUACGAGCAGAUCUCGGUGGCCGAUAUCCCCGGCAUCAUUCAAGACGCCCACAAAGAUAAGGGCCUCGGGAUCUCGUUUCUUCGCCACAUUGAGCGCUGUUUGUGCCUUCUUUACGUUAUUGAUCUCUCGGACACUAAUCCACUAGAACAAUUGAGCACCUUGAAAUUCGAGCUGGAGCAAUACGAGGCCGGGCUUUCGCGACGUCCUCACGCCAUUCUGGCCAAUAAAAUCGAUCACGAACGCGCUCAACCCAAUCUCGAGGAAUUCAUCCAUCACAUCAAAACCCAUGAAAACGUCCCGGUUUUCCCGAUCUCGAGCAAACUGGGAACCAAUUUGCGCACCGUUUUGGACUAUAUUAAAGUUAUGUACGAUCAACAUACUGAAAGCACGACACAACCCAAUCCAGACCGUGAUGCAAUACACAAGUGACCAGAAUAUCAU